CGUUUUCUACACGAUAUACUCCGUAUCACCAAUUGGAUCGUUGCUGAUAUUCAAUAAAUCAGCAACAUACAGAUGCCCCGUAUAGGUACUUGUGUAGAGUGUAGGCCGUCCUGUUGUGAUAAUGUCACCGGUUCUUACAAUAAUCGCAAUCAUUCGAAGCGUCAAGUAGAUCUUAACCCUCGGUUCGCCAUGGCGCAAGCAGAUUGAAGCCUUGUCCUUCUGUUAUCUAUGCAUCUGACUGAUGUAUGUACAUACAUGAAUGCAUACACAUACACACAUCAUCCAAUGUCGUAUUGACAUGUAUGCAUCCAGAUUUACUUGCAGAGACAAUGUCAAGGGCCGCAAGGCUGAAGGAUCGAAUACGAGCCUGGCUGUCCCAUACACCUCACGUUUUAAUAGCAGCGAGUAAUGCUACGAGUAGUCUGACCCACCCAUGGAUUUCGCAACCCAUGGCCGCGGUUAUGGUUGUUGGUAAACACCUCUUUGUCGGGCGAAGUGGAGUUGGAUUUCCAGAUUGCUACCAUUGCCGUCUGCUUUCAGCUCUCAGCUCUCAGCUCUCAGCUUUCAACCUUCCACAUGCACUUCUUCCCAGGCUACCCAACGGGCACACCGCAUGUCUAGCGCUUCGUUGUGGCAAGCUAUCUAUAGCUAUUGCAUGAGUUGAAGAAGUUUGUGGCGCCUGCUUCUUGAACAUGAUUUGAGAGAUUUAUUUUGCCAUUCACUGUGUAUUUGAUAUGUUGUACUUGUCUAUGCCCUUUCUCUGCGCGCCCUUUUGCCCAUACUAUC